AUAAAAUAGUAAACUACAAAGAACGCAAAUCAGCUGUGAACUGUCAGAUUUUUGUAUUGUUACAAAUUUAUUCGCAUUUGUAAUUUAUUUGAUUUAAAAAUAUCAAGAAAGAGGUGAUGCACAAUGUCUCCUGAUCCAACACAAGAACCUGUUGAGGAAUCAUUAAAUGUACCAAAUUUACCUCUUGAUAGAGGAAUGAAUGCAUCAGAUAGCGAAGAUGAUGAUAUAGGAAUGGCAGGAUAUGUACCAUUAUCUCAGAUUCCUGCAGAUAGUGAUCCCAUGUUGUAUGAAGACGAAGAUGAUGAAUGGAUAAGUAAUGCAGGUGAAUCUAAUCAAACAUUAAGACCCCCAAUAUUAGAAUCACAGAAUGCUUCCAUGUCAGAAACAAUAGAAGUUUGGUCAUCUCCUCGCAAUCGGUCAAAUAUAGAUAUGGAUGCAGAUAAAAUCAAUCAAGUAAAAUCUAUGAUGGCAUCUUUUACUUUACCAAUUACAGCAAUUCCAGAAUGGGCAAAAGCUAUAUCAGAAGAACAAUGGAAGGAACAACUUAUUGGACGUAUUAAAGAAAUGCAAAAUAGAGAAAAGUAAAUUUCAAUAUUUUAAUUAAUUCUUUUAUAUAAAUUAUGUAUAUAAAUAUACAAAUUAGAGUAAUUCUUUUUCUCCUUUUUAAGCUAUAAAUUUGAUGUUUGUUAAUAAGUAUAAAAUUUCAAAAUAAGUAACUCUAGUGUAUACAUUUAAUUGAAUACAGUAGCCAAAUUUGAUAUUAUGUAAAUCAUAACAAAUAAAAAUAUUUAUUUUAUCUUAA